UGAUGUGGCAUCACAUGGCCAUAUCUUCAAACUCUUUCUAAAAAAUCUCAACAACACGAACUAAAACAUGGAGAAUUUGUUACAAUACUCCAACUAUGGCUCCGUGCCAGGAUUUUAUGCCGUACCUGUUCCAGAUACCGCUCAAACUGGUUACUCUCCAAUCUACAGGAAUGCUGCCGUUGAUACAAUCAAAACCGCCCUCGACUAUGGAAACUUCCACAAUAUGUGGGAUGUCUUCCAGCAUGGUCUUAAGAAAAACCCCGAUGCCCCCUGUAUUGGAAAGCGUGCAGUAAACCCUGAUGGAACCCGCGGCGCAUACAGUUUUAUGACUUACAAGCAGGUUGAAACCUUCGCAUUGUUGAUUGGAAGUGCCCUGAGCCAACUGUUGAUCGAACCUCAAAUUUCAGAAGACCCAACUGUAAAGGAUGCAAGAAUGGUCGGUCUAUUCGUCCCCAACUGUCUAGAGUGGCUCAUACUCGAACAAGCCUGCAAUGCUUACGCCUAUACCCUAGUUCCAAUCUAUAAUACACUGGGACAUGAAUCGAUACAUACGAUAUUGUUAAAUUCACGAAUAUCUGUGCUUCUUUGUACACCGGACACCGUGAAGAUCAUGUUCACCGUUCUUGAACAAGGAACUGAAGGAGUGGAACUGAAAACCAUCAUCCUUAUCGAAUCAGAAAAGGUACCCGAUGAGUUUGCAGAAAACAAGUACGGUUUCAAAUUCAUCCUAUGGAAAGAUUUGGAAGAAAUGGGCAGAAAUGCCCAACUACCAGUUUCACCAGCUGAACCUGAUCACCUUGCACUGAUAUCGUACACAUCUGGAACCAGUGGUGUACCCAAGGGUGUCAUGAUUACACAAGCCAACAUUACCAACCUCAUUGUGGUCACAUGUGAAGAACAUGUCAAGAGGUCCUUCCCCGAAAAUCCAUUUGAAAGGCACAUUAGCUACCUUCCCAUGGCCCACUUAUUCGAAAAGAACUUUGUUAACGCCGUCUAUUACAGCGGUGGAUGCAUUGGUUUGUAUUCGGGUGAUAUCACCAAGCUGUUAGACGAUGUACAGGAGCUUAAACCCACGUUCUUCCUGGGUGUACCACGUCUAUUCCAACGUAUCCAUGACAGAAUCAUGGCCGAUGUGCAACGAAGGGGUAUCAUUAAACGUACACUUUUCAACAUAGCACUCAACCACAAGAUUAACAACUUGGAGGAGAACCACAGCUACUCAUCCCUCUUCUGGGAUCGUGUUGUGUUCAAUAAAAUAAAGAAACUUCUAGGAGGAGAAGUAAGGUGGAUGUUCGUAGGAUCCGCCAGUAUGAACCCUGAAAUUAUUAAGCGCUUGCGUGCCAUUUUCGGGGUACCAUUGCUCUGGGGAUAUUCACUUACAGAAUGCUGUGCCGGUACCACAGCACAAAACUUCUACGAUACCGAUCCCACUGAAUGUGGAGGACCUAUACCCAACCAGGUCUACCGUGUGCGUUCAUUGCCAGAUAUGGAAUAUGACGCUGAAGCACCCAAUCCACGCGGAGAAUUGCUUAUACGCGGUAACAGUGUCAUGAAGGGUUAUUAUCGCAACCCAAAGGCUACCAGUGAAACUAUUGUAGACGGGUGGCUCCACACAGGAGAUGUUGUCGAGAUUCAACCAAGCGGUGCAAUCCGUAUCAUCGACCGUGUCAAAAAUGUAUUCAAACUAGCUCAGGGUGAAUAUGUGUCACCAGAACUAGUGGAAUCUAUCAUAUCGCUUUCACCAUUGGUGGCACAAUCUUUUGUAUAUGGUGACUCACACCAAGUCGCACCCGUAGCCAUCGUUAUCCCAGAUGAAGAUGUCAUCAAAAGAUGGAAGGGUGAGAAUGGUAUGGAAAGUAUGUCAUUUAAAGAUGUUUGCCGCACACCAGAACUUCGUAAGGCUAUCUUAGAAGAUAUUACACGAUUGUUCGACGAGAAUCGCUUGAGAGGAUUCGAAAAGGUGAAGGCCAUCUACGUGGAUCAUGAACUGUUCGCCGUAGAAAAUGAUUUGUUGACUGUAACUGCUAAACUGCGUCGCCACAAGGUCCGUGAACGCUAUGCAGAACAGAUCAAAGAGCUAUAUGCAGAACUGGCUGCCGCCAGCAAGGCAUAAGUUCCCUUUCUUCCUUUCCCCUUAUAGGAAUCUAUUAUACACAGUAUAUGUUCAAAAGAUAUUCUCAAGUUGCGCACAUAUGCAAUGAGUCCAAUAUAACAGCAAGGGUGUUUCUGUUCGUAUUAAAUGGAUCAUACGCUGUCAGAAUAACCAGGUGUUUACACAUACCAGAGAAUAUAAACAGAUGAG